CCAAGAAGGUUGAGUGUCUCUGCUACUAAAAGACGAUCCUUUGCAUUUUUGAGUUAUUCUUUUAAAUAAGUGGAGUUACUCCAGCUGCAGUAGAGUUUUUACACAACAAUUGCUGGAGAGAUUGUCUUUGGUGUGAAUUGAAAGGCUCGGAUUCCUCGGUCCCUCUGGUUUAUUGCAGUCUCAACUUAAAACAACAGGUGAAACCAUGUCUGUUUUACUGGAGAAAAUAAAAAGCAUCGACCAAAGAGCAGCCUCCAAACUGGAAGAGCUGGACUUUCGCACAGACUCAGACCUGAAGUGUCUGACCCGAGAAGACCUGCGGGAGCUGUUUCCUGGGGAGCGUGACCUCCGGCUGAGGAAGACCAUCUUUGAAACAAUACACCAACAGAGGCCGAUUAGUUUGCUCCUGAACGAGAUGAAGGGUUUCAUCCCUGAGGAGUCUUUGAGAGCUGCUCUCAACGGCAGUGGCGUUCUGGUGAACUACCUACAUAUCCUGAAGGACAUGAAGGCCCAGAUGGACAAUGUGCAGACUUUCCUCGAUGCACACAUCAGUCUCCUGGAGGACAUCAAAAAAACUCAGCCCAACAAGAAACCUGAUGAAGGGGUUUUUGAAGCGUUAACGGACACAGAACCCAAACCCAAACAACAAAUGAGUUCUUCACCUCCCAGAGUCCCAGUGACGACCCAGACAUCCCCACAAGAAAACCCUCGAAGAUCACAAUUUGAUUCACCUGGUACAAGCCGAGCCAGCUCUGGUCCGCCGCUCCCUGUUAAUCCCACCGGUUUCUCUCCACAGACGACUAAACGAACAAUAAAAUGCAAGCUGGAAAUCAGCGGGAAAACUUUGGGCGCCCAUCAGCAGAUUCUGGACAGAGUACAGAAUCAGGACUCCUCCUCGGUUUCGCUCAGCCUGGUGAAGAGUCCUGUCGGAGACAGUGAUGUUACACUUCUUUUCUGUCCAAUUUCUUCACGUGCUGGGACGGAUAUUGAAGCAGCCAUGAAAAGAAUCAAAGAUGACCAACUGGUGAUUUUAGUUAUGAUGCGCCACUCGCAUGAAGUCAAAUCUGUUGCCAUGCAGAGAACGUGGAGUUAUUUCCCCAACAUUGUGUUGCAUACUACUGUUUUCUAUCAUGACACGGUGAACGGGCUGUUGAACUGUCAAGAGAACGCCGACGCCAUCUUUCAGAUCAGAAAAGAGCUGCUGAAGCACAGUUCUGAGACCGCCGAAGAGUCUGCGGUCCCUGAAUAUGGUAACAGUGACAGAUUUCCUGCUCAGGAUUUUCCUGCGCCUGCUCAGAGCAUCAACCGAUCAAACAUUGUGAGAAAAAGUAAUUAUUUGUCAUUUUUAGGUUUCAGGAACUAAUAGUUGGGUGUAGUGACUACACCAUUAGUCACUCAGCUGGGUGCAGGGAGAGAUAAUACACUUCCAACAAAAUCCAUCCAAAGUCACUGUCCAUGCUGGGUGACAUUCUCCUUUAUUUUUAAUAAUAAGAUGACAUCAUUGAUCAACACUAAAGAUUCCAAAAACAAGAAAGGAGAAUGAGAGCGGGAGCAGUACAAACCGAGUCAUCUCCUACACCCAAGCUAAAAAAACAAUAGAGACCUUGCCCUCCGGGCUCGGUCCCUAAUUAAAGGUUCCCUAUCACCUGCGGCAGCCGCUUCUAGUGCUGCUUUAUACUACCACCCAUGGUAAAUAAACAAAAAUAAACAAAAACAAAUAAAUACAAGUGACAAAAACAACAAAUGACUCCUACACUUGGUUGUGCAGAUGUUAGCGACAAUUGUAUCUUGUCAGCUAUUAUAGGUGAAUGACAUGGAUGCAUUUGAGAGUAUUUAACUGUGUUAAUUUUAUUUAAUAGAACUACUAUCUUCUGUUUGCUAUGUGGAGUGUGGGUACUGCAUGUGUCAUCAAUUUAAAAAAAUUAAAAAGUAAAAGGCAACAAAAAUAUUUAAUUCUACAGCUGCACUGCAAGUGCUCGUGAAAUUUAAAUCAAUGCGUUGAACCAGAAUGUGUUGUCAGUACGCUUCUUUAAUAGUAAUCACUUGUUUGAUGUUUACCUAUUAGGUUGAAAUAAAUGUUGAAUUGCAUGGCGAGACUGUACAUCACUAAUAUGUCAAAAUUAAUACUGAAACUGUUAACUUUUAGUGUUUAUGCUAUCAAAAUGAAUAAUAAAGGCAUUGUUGAA